AACAUGCUUCUAGACUUGAUGGCAUAUGCGUCACCUAAAGUUUUAAUGACAAAUAUUUUUAUUAUUGUUUCAGAUCCAGAUCCUGAUGUGGCCGAAAACUUUAACGAACUGGAAGCCUCUUUUCCACCUCUUACGAGUCCACCUGUUCAUUUUGUGACCGAAAAUAGUACCAUUGUAACCUCGCAAACAGGGUCCACUGCACUUGUACCAUGUGUUAUCAACAACAUUGGAGAUGGAAUGGUCUCAUGGAUACGAAGAAAAGAUUUCCACAUCCUUACCAUUGGAUUGACCACUUACAGCAGCGACGAAAGAUUUCAAGCAGUUCAUUUGCAACAUUCAGAGGAUUGGACUCUGCAAAUUAAGUAUGUCCAACAGAGGGACGCUGGAAUGUAUGAAUGUCAAGUGUCCUCCCACCCCCCUACAAGCAUUUUUAUACAGCUCAAAGUUGUAGAGGCGCGAGCUGAGAUCCAAGGUCCUCCAGAAAAAUACCUUAAACCAGGAUCAGGACUGAGAUUAUCAUGCACAGUGCUACAGAGCACUGAGCCUCCCAGUUAUGUUUUUUGGUAUCACAACAACCGGAUGAUCAACUACGAUGUUGAUCGAGGGAUUAACGUAACGACAGAACUUCUGGAAAAAACAAGCACCUUGACCAUCACAAAUGCAGCUACCAGACAUUCAGGAAACUAUUCUUGCGUACCCAGCAACGCCCAACCAGCAAGCACAUACGUUCAUAUAUUGAAUGGCGAAAAUCCUGCUGCUAUGCAACAUGGGGGCAGAGGCCUUUCCUGGCUUCAGUGUAGUCCGUCAUCUUGGUUAUUAUUAUCCUCAAUCGUGAUUUUACUGUGCUAG